AUGAAAAAAAGAAAAAAGAGGCAAAUGAAAAAGGAUAGAGGGUUCAGAUCACUCCAUGAUAUGUGUUUGCCAAAGAGUGAAGGCGGAGUAGGGUUAAGAUCACUCCAUGAGGUCAUGAACGCACUAUUUGGAAAACUUUGGUGGUCCUUCAGAAAAUCCACAUCUCUAUGGAGUUCUUACAUGUGGAACAAAUAUUGUAAGAAGCAACACCACACGGUAGUGACUGGAACAGGGCCCUCUCAUGCUUGGAGGAAAAUGCUAGAAGUGCGGGGUGCACUAUACUUCAUAGAAGAUACAGUGAUAGGGGAGGAAGAAGUAGAGGUGAAACAAUUCAUCGUGAAUGGGGAAUGGGACAGGCAGAGGUUAAGCAACCUAAUUUCGGAGGAGAUGACUGACUUUAUUGUAGAGACUAUACGAACAAUUAUUGAAGAAGGGGCAUUGGAUAUUCCUUGGUGGAUGGGAAGUAAAAGUGGGAAAUUCACUGUGAAGUCUGCUUUUGAGCGCAUAAGGAGGAAAAAGGAGAAGGUCUGGUGGUGGAGUUACAUUUGGAGCAAAGGAGUUCCUUUUAAAAUCAACUUCUUGCUUUGGAGAAGUUGGAAAGGAAUCAGAAUGGAGGGAGGAUUACAACAGGCUAUCACAAAAUGGUGGGAAGAAGCUACCAAGCCCAAGUUAAAAGCUAUAUUUCAGGUUAUCCCUGCUAUUUUGAUGUGGGAACUCUGGAAACGAAGGAAUUCCAGAAGAAAUGGAAGGGAAGUGAAGUAUGAGACAUUACUUCAACAAUGUCAAGAAGUAGUAUUCAAGCUAGUCAAGACACUAUACCCUUGGAUCAGGUUUCAAAAAAGUUGGGAGAAUCUAGUAGAAGUGCUAAAAGAGUAUAAACCCAAGCUAUAUUACCAAGCUAUAACUUGGGUGAGACCACAAAUGGGAUGGAAAAAAUGCAAUACCGAUGGUGCAAUCAGAGGAAACCCGAGAGAGAGUACAUAUAUCUUUUGUACAAGAAAUAUUCAAGGGCGUCUAGUAUACGCUGAAGCACAGAGACUAGGGAUAGGAAAUAGCAUGGAAGCUGAGUCUAGAGCCAUCCUAAGAGCACAACAACAUUGUCAAAACAACAAUAUCACAAAUGUGAUUGUGGAGACUGACUCGUUGUGUUUAUCAAAGAUAAUAAAGGGAGAAUGGAGAAUACCAUGGCAACAUACGGAAGAGAUAGAUUAG